AUGAUAAAUGGGCUCCUUAAUUGUGGCUUUGGCAAAUUUGGAACUCAUCUACUGAUAAUACAACUUCUCCAACGUAACAAUCCCAUCACCGGAUAGCUCCAUCAUCCAAGUGAGCUAAACCACCACCAUACUCGGUAUUACCCGCUGAGACGUCACGCGAGCAGCGACGUCAGUCAGGCGCCAGGUUCGUGCGCGCUGACGCCGGAACUUGCAGUCGCUGGCUGGCACUACUCGGAUGACGUAUGGCUGGCAGCGUCCGCUCUGUUUUUCCGGGUUUACUGUUUCUCGGCAAGGAGGGCAAGAUGAAGGAGGAGGACGAGCUGGAGCGGAAAGCAGUAGAAGAACUUCUCAAAGAAGCAAAACGAGGAAAAGACCGUGCUGAGACAAUGGGACCAAUGGGCUGGAUGAAGUGUCCCGUCGCCAGCACUAACAAGCGUUUUCUGAUCAAUACCAUUAAAAACACCCUACCACCUGACCAUGAGAAACGCAGUAGGAGAACGCAUGACGAAGAAGAUACCAGGGAUCAUAGUAGGGAAAGGACUUAUUCAAGGAAGCAUAGUUCACAUCCCUAUAAGAGGAGUGAUGACUCAAGAAGGGAUGAAAAGAAAUCCCCAUCUUCAAGCAAGAACAUAAGACAGACCCGAUCCAACAGCAAUCGCAAGGAAAGAUAGCCAAGGAGACUUCAAGCAAUAUGGCUCAUACUGUUAACUAUUUAUUUGCAAUACACAGGGUAUUAAUGAUCAGGCACCUCUGACUUAAUCCUGGCGAUGACUGCUACAUGGUUUUAAACCAUUUCACUGCUAUCAUUGAUUGUACACAGCAAUGGAUUAUAAAAGGCCCUUUUGUUGGGAUGUAGUUAUGUGACCUGCGGGCAGGAGACCGCGUAGUCACAAUAUCGACGGCUACACCCCGCACCCCUGUAAAUCCCAACAGUCGGCAUACCAGCUAGCAGGGACUAUUCCCACUCGUGGGUAUCCACGACACCCAUAGAGUGGGAAUAGAACCUGUGGCGAGCCCGCAGCGUGGUGAGCACCGCAAGCCCACAAGGGGCUUCAUUGGGCUCGCCACCCCCCACCGGCAUUCUGCUGCUGGGAUCCCGCGGGCGAUAUUCUGACCGCCGGGAUCCCCAGCACCGGUAAGGCAUACCCAACCCAACCUCGUCCUAGGCUUUGAGAUAUAGUGAGGGCCAGGCUCCAGCAUGCAGAUUAAAUGGUACAGGCAUGACCUUGGCAAAAGUGAUUUUAUGAUGGCAUUCUAUGGGUGGAAUUCAAUUGUUUGAAAAGCCGGUUGGGUGUCUGUUUCUUCCUGUCUAUUAGAUAGGAAAAAAGACAUCCUACUGACUUUUCAAACAAUUGAAUUCCCCCCUUUGUGUGCACUCCAACGAACCUAGCAAAAUAUUCCUGGUAUUAAUACAAUACACUUUGCGAGGCCUGCAGUGUAUAUAGUACAGUUCCCUUAGGAUUAUGGUCAUGUAUAAAAAAAAAAAAACUAUAUAGAGUGGUGUACGAGGCUUUAGAAGCCGUUUCUAUAGCUUUUGAUUUUCAGUGUGUUGUCAGUGAAAUGGUUUAAAUCCUCUCUAAGAGCAAAUAUUAUUACUCCCCUUUUUACUUGACUGAGUUUUCAUUUUAACAGCUCCUCACCAUGAUUUUUUGCCUGUAUGUACUUUGUUACUCGCAUACAGUAAUAAAAACUUUUGUGAAAAGUCA